CGCACCCACCGUCCCGCCGCGGCCCCGGCGAGCGCAGCGGAGGGCGCGGAGCCGCUGCCUCAGGAAAUAAACACACAGGGCUCUGAUGCGGGCAACGCGAUGAAAUUCGGGUGCCUUUCCUUCCGACAGCCCUACGCGGGGUUGCUUCUGAACCAGAUCAAAACAGUGGAGACUCGCUGGCGUCCCUUGCUAGCAGGCUACAAGAACUGCACCAUUGCUAUUCAUAUCGCUGUUAAGGACUGGGAAGAUCAAUCAUGGAGAGACAUUCUUUUGAAUAGGUUUGGUAUGACAGAAAAACAAGUGCAGGAUUUGUUGGAUGAAGGGGAAAAAUUCGGCAGAGGAGUUAUUGCAGGAUUAAUUGACGUUGGAGAAACAUCACUCUAUCCAGAAAACCUGCCUCCUGAAGAGAUUCUGGAGCUGGAAAACAAAGCUGUCCUCAGUAAUCUAGAAGAGAAAUACUUGACUGUUGUUUCAAAUCCAAGAUGGCUCCUGGAACCAAUUCCUGCCAGAGGGAGGACAGGUGUGUGGCAGGUGGACAUCCCUGAAGAACUGAUCCCUUCAGAAGCAUAGGUGUUGCCCCUUACUACUGUCUUUCCUGCCCCCCAAAAAAAUUGUAAUUCACAAGUCAGCAUCUUGUUUAGGAUUCCCUUCCAAAACUGAAAUGGCAAAUACCUUUGAAGAAGUGCUCUUUUGAGGCAAAACAAAUGUGAUUUUUAUGACUAUUACUGGAAAUUAUUAAUGUUUUUUUCUAGAUUUUUCCUAUAUAUAAACAACUAAGUAAAUGCCAUUUUUUUAAACACAUCGUUUUGUAUUGUGUGCCAAUUUAAAAUGUGAGUAAAUAAAACCGUAUUAAAUGA